AUGUUGUCUACAGACGAGAAGGCUUCUGGCCUUUACACGGUCGCCUCGAAAGAGAACGAUGUCGGCGUCAAGAUUGUUUCUACCGACGACGAUGAGCUCGCUGCUGCCGAGAAGCACAUUCUGGGAGAGCACGAGUACACUCCCGCAGAGUACAAGAAGCUCGUACGCAAGGUCGACCUGUUCCUUAUGCCACUUCUCAUGCUCACCUAUGGUCUGCAGUUCGCCGACAAGCAGUCCCUCUCGUCUGGUGUUCUCUUUGGCCUUCGCCAGGACACAGGCUUGGUCGGCAACCAAUAUGCCAACCUAACCACUCUCUUUUACAUGGCAUACGGUGUCGCCCAGUUCCCCAUGUCGUGGCUUAUCCAGCGUUUUCCCCUCGGCAAAUCGCUGUCGAUCUGUAUCAUUCUGUGGGGUGCCAUGGUGAUGUGCCUUGCUGCUUGCAACGACUAUGCUCAGCUCGCCGCUGUGCGUGUCUUCCUUGGCGUAUUCGAAUCGGUAAUCAUCCCUGGAUUUGCCAUUCUCACCACGUCCUGGUACCUCCGUCGUGAGCAGACCCUCCGCCAAUGCUGCUACUACGCCAUGAACACCUUCUUUGGUAUCAUCUCUGGUGUCUGUAUCUACUACCUUGCCCUCCAUGUCGCCACUCACGGCGGUCUGGCCGCGUGGCGCGUCAUCAACCUGUUCCUCGGUUCGAUCACCGUCGCGGUCGGUAUCCUUGACUUUUGCUUUAUCGGCACUCCAGAGGAGGUCUGGUGGCUCUCCUCCCGCGAGAAGCAGAUGGCCCGUUCGCGCAUUGUAUCCAACGCAACCGGUGGCGGUGAAGUGCACGCCUGGAAGUGGUCUCAAGUCAAGGAGUGCUUCCGUGACCCCCAGUACUACAUUUUCAUCCUGUUCAACAUUCUCGUCACCAUUCCCAACGGAGGUCUCACCACCUUUGGAGGCCUCAUCUACCUCUCCCUGGGCUUCACUGCUGAGGAAUCGGUUCUGUACGGUCUCCCCACCCAGGCAAUCGGCUUUGUGUUUGUCAUGGUCCCCGCCAUCGCAGUGACCUUCUUCCCCAAGACGCGUUUCUUCUGGGCCAUCUUUGCCACACUGUUCUCGUGCGCGGCCUUCCUUUACACCGGUCUCGCUCCCGCCGACACGGCCAUGUGGACCAAGUGGGGCGUUUACAUCCUCACCUCAGUCUUUGCCACAGGCAUGUUCAUGUGCUGGCCUCUCAUGUCCAUUAACGUUGCUGGGCGUACCAAGAAGGCCUGGCUCUCGGCCACUUCUCUCGUCACCUACUGCGUCGGUAACAUUAUCGGCUCGCAGAUGUUCGUCGCCUCGGACGCGCCCAAGUAUCUCAAGGGUCUUACCGGGACCGCGUGCGUCAUGAUGGUCAAUGUCGUCCUCAUGGUCGUAUGGGUUGUGUACUACAUUUUCGAGAACAGGCGCCGCGACCGGGCGUUUGAGGCUUCCGGUGUUACUGUUGAGGAGAUGGAGUACCAGUGCAAGCUUGCUGGCGAGACCGACAUGACGGAUCGCCAGAACGUCCAUUUCCGCUACACAUUCUAA